AUGACACAUAUUUUUGCUGGCUGCUUGUGGUGAGCUACGAUACCAAAACCAAACCAAACCAAAAGGACAACGCUAUUCCGGAUUUUGCACAGCUUUAACUAUAAAUACAGAACAUUAUUUACCAAAUAAAACAUACAUAAUUUUAUCAAAACUUAACCAUGAAUUUCGUUAUUGAAAAUCAAAGCAAAUCAUCCGGGAGAAUUGGCCGCCUAGAGCAUCUAGAAACCGAAACAUCAGUUCAGACGCCUGUCCUUUUACAAUGUACAAAGGGCGGAAGUAUCCCACAUCUCAGCCAGGAAGUAUUUAGUUAUAUCACACAAGAUGCGCCUAUUCUACUUAUCUCCCUGUCAAAUGUCAACUACAUGGCUGAUGCACUUAAAUUGUAUAAAAAAGGAAUUUCUACUUUUGUUGGGUACCCGAAUUCAUUGAACAUCCUGACCGUGAGGGAUGUUUGUGAAACAACACCAUCCGGAUUCAAUGACAAGGAUAUGGUUCCGUUGUUUACGCGACGAGGGAAAGAGCCUUUAUCGUCGGAGCAGUACAUGGAGCUGAUAGAGGCAAUAUCUCCUGAUAUUUACACUGGGCUUUACGAUGCCGACACCAAUGAGGACAGUUCAAAAAAGAGAGUCCAAAAGUCUGUUGAUCGGACAGAAAUGUUCUUUAACUAUUGUUACGAAAAGCAUACAACUUCAGUCAACUUAUCGAAGAAAUCAAUUUUUGCUCCAAUUGUUGGUGGUUUUAAUAAAUUUUCAAGAACGCUCUCCAUAAAAAAGUUGAACGCGAAAUCAGAAAUUGCUGGUUACUUAUUGGAUGGGUUUCACAAUAAUGGACUCAGCGCUACCACAGUGAAUUGUGCCUCAUUGUUGGAUAUCGUAGAGCAUUGUAUGGGUCAACUUGAUGUGAAUAAGCCAAAAAUGAUGAUAGGUGCUUAUACCCCAUUGGUAGUGGCAGAAUUAGUUCGACAGAAUGUGGAUAUAUUUGAUAGUUCAUAUGCUUAUGUAGCAACAUCAAAUUUUAAAGCGCUAACAUUUAACUUUGAUGUGACAAAUGUUGGCCGAAAUAAGCCUAUGCUAGAAAUUUCAGACCAAGCAUUCAAAGAAGACUUCAGUCCGUUACUGGAAGACUGCAAGUGUGAGGCUUGCAAACAGCACACAAGAGCGUAUAUCCAUCACUUGUACAAUACGAAAGAGCUUCUAGGACCUAUUUUAUUGAUGAUUCAUAACCUUCAUCACUAUAUGGAAUUUUUUAAAGCUCUAAGAAUGGCUGUCAUGGAAGAUUCAUUAUCGAGUCUUAUAGAUUUAUUACGAUAUCAAGGUACAGACAAGGAGAUUGAUUACAGUAUUACAGAGUUACCAAAGCUGAUAAAUAAAAGCGACGAAAAACGGGCGAUGUUCAAAGAAAUGGCUACCAAACCAAAUCAAUAAUAUUUAAACAAUUUUUCUAUGUUAAAUGCAAUCUUUUUCGUAAGUCUAAAUGUGUAAAUCCAAUUUAAGAAAUAAUAAUUUUCGUUUGUUAUUUGGAAAAUA